AUGUCAUUCCCUGUGGAUAUCUUGAACAGCUGCAGUCAUGAGCAAUUGAAGAUCUCGGGAGAGAACUACGUGUCUGGCCUUCGGUGUGGGAAUCCAAACCAUCCCGAAUUCUUGUCUCUGCCGGACCACAGCAAAAUUCCUAUUAAGUUGUCAAGUGUGGGCUUCGUUCCUCUUUAUGGUGAAGAGCCGACACACAAAGUUCUUGCUUUGUUUGCACCAGGAGACUCGCUCGCAGCUGCAGCCCUGUAUCUUUCUGACAAGUGGUGGUCAAUUGAUGACAUUGUGAGAACAUCUGUCCCUGCUAGACAGGGGCUUCAUCAGGUGAAGUCUGUUGGAGAGAGGGUUGUUCUUUACGUUCUGAAUCGAAUUAUCUAUCGGACACGAGAAAUGGAAAGAAAUGAGAUCCCAUAUCUCUGUCAUGGAAGCAAUGACUAUGCUAAGAUCAUGUGGAAGAAAGGGGAGGCCAUUGGAUUCUAUUCUGUUAAACCUAAAGGUAAAACACUUGAUGCUUAUGGCUCUCGUGGUGAGCUGAGGUAUAAGCUGCCAGUGCUAGACACAAUGUUUGUAAGAAAGAAACAUCGUGGGAGAGACACUGGUCUGGUGAUGUUGGAAGACUAUGUGGAUUCCUUUACUGAAGACUCUCUCGGCCUUCGAUACCCACUGUCACCCUUCAUCUACACAGCUUGUAAGCAAUAUCUUGAGAAGUACCCUGAGGAUCAGAACCUGUUGUGGGAAGUGCAGGGAGUAGGAUAUUGGUUCCAGAGAAAAUCUAUUAUCUCUCUAUUGCAAAGGGAAAAGUGCAAAAUGGCAGGUGUGGAUGCUUUGGCUGACUCUCAAAAAGGUAAAGAAUCAACAGAUGUUCAUGCAAGCACAUCUGAAGAAGUUAUCAUGGCUUCCACUUCUGUUCGGACACGAAGCAGUCAUUUAAAACGUCCCAGGAUUGGAAGAAGUAGCCAGAAAUCUGAAACUUCCCAAGGAGAUGAGGAAAAUGCUCUUCAUGUCUCAGAAAGCAGGCUGGAACAUCCUACCCACACAUCUGAAAGCUCUGAAGACUUGGUAGAAGUAUCUGAGGAGACUACUGUUGAGAAGGAUAAGGAAAUGAGUGUUGAAAAUGAGGGCCAGUCUGCAUCAGAAGUGGAGCUGCAUGUAUCACCCCCUGAGAAUCGGAGUGAGAAGGAGUGCUUUUCAGAACCUCUUAAUGGUGAGGCAGCAGGAGAAACUGGUAAGACCUCACUCAUGGCUGAAGAGGAAACAGCAAAGGAAGUUCCAAGUGGUGAACCAAAAUCGCAGUCUGAGAGUCAAGGAGAAGAACCCUUAAUGCUGUUUGUUCCAUUAAUGCUUGAGUCUCUGGCAAAACCUUCAGAAGACACUGUAUCAGAGAAGGUUUUAAAUGCAAAUGAAUCAGAAGUGCUGACUGGAGAAACUACAUCACCAGAGAAAGCGGGCAUUGAAGAACAACAAGAAUCUGAAAAGGCCACCACUGAAACUGCAGCCACUUUGGCAUCGAAGGAAGAGCCCUCUGACAAUGGCCUGCCCAACUCUGUGGCAACUGAAGCAGCAGAAGAGUCCAUUUCUGAAAACCUAUCGCCCAAAACAUCUUCCUUGUUGGAAGAUCAGAAUGAGGAAGCAGGGCACAACUCGCAGGAGGCCCCUGUAUCCUUGAGUCAGAGCUCCUUGACAGUGGUUGAAGUGGAGGGUUUUUUUUUUCAGCAGACAGAAGAAUUUGCUGAGCAGUUGGAUCAGUACACGCAGACAGCAGCAGAGCGGGCUGCUGACAGCAGCUCUGAGGAAGCAGAAAUUGAGGUCCCCAUUGUAGAUCGGAGAAACUUGCGAAGAAAGGCCAAAGGCUACAAAGGUCCACCCAAGAAAAAAGGAAAGCCAGCUUAA